AUGUCCAACACCGAAGGUAUGUGCUGGGGAUGGGUGACGGAGCUGCCAGCCAGGAGCUCAAGGGUGGAAUGCGACGAGCAAGGGUGCAAACGCUGCGGCACGCUAUUAACGGGUCCCCGGGAGCUGCAAACUGUCGAGGAGGUGGAUUAUGAACGCCAAACUCUUACAGUCGAAACCCCACAAAUCGAGCUCCAAAGUCAGAACGCGCCGUUGGCAAGGGAGUCAAAUCCAUCCCAGCGGCCCCUCGGUCGAUUUGCCCACGACCCCAAAGACGCGUUUGGACGACAAGCCGAAGCCCUCAACAAAAGGAAUGUUUACGUUCAAGAGGGGGACGUCGUGCCCAGCGACUUUAAGCAGACGGUGGCGGAGCUGCUUAAGGAGGAAGAAUACGGCAUCUUCCGCCUGGUCGUACCCAGCGUGGAAUUGGGUCGUGAGGACUUUGACGCCUACGUGUGUUGGCUCAAUAAGCGUAGACCAGAGGGCGAAAGGACGCUGCGAAGGUCUAUCUACGGUCUUCCCGUGAUUCCCCCCUUCAGCCCCCCCGCCCUGGCCUGGACCUUGCUCAUGUCCCUGGUGGACCUGAUGUGGACGGCGUUCGGCGUGCCCAUCAACGUGGCCUUCUGCUCCGUGAACUACGGGCAACUGCACAGCUCCUGUACGGCGACAGAUCUGACGUUUGGCAUCAUCUACACCCUCAACCUGUUCAUUUCGUUCAACCUGGGGAUGCUGGUGGUGAACGGUCACAGGAAGAAGGCUGUGCAAGACGGUCGCCGAGUGGCCAUGUACUACAUAAUGCACGGCAGGUUUCUAUUGGACCUUGCGGCUACCGUACCGUUCGUAUACCUGGUGGUGGUGCUGGCGCUCAGUGAUGGGCAGGGUUACAGGGCCAAGUGGGUCAACGCCCUGUCCCUCAUCCGACUGAUCCGGCUGCUGCGCCUGGUCAGCGUGUCCAAGAUCAUAUACAUCGACUCCACUCUGGGCGCCAGAGGCUGGCUGUCCCGCUACCUCCGCGUCUCCACACUGUACGUGGCGCUGGUGGGGUUCCAGAUCCUGGUGCUCAUCAACCUGUUCGCCUGUGUGCUGGUGCUGCUGGCCUACAUGCACGGCCUGGAGAACAGCUGGAUGACGGCGGUGUCCUGGGCGGAUGUGGCGGACUCGAGCAACUUCUACCAGUGGUACUGUGCCGUGUACUGGGUAGUCACCACCACCACCACCACUGGGUUUGGUGACUUCUCCCCUCGCUGGUGGGCGGAGCAGGUGGUUAUCGGCAUGGCGAUGGUGGGCGGCAUGAUUGCGUUCGGCAUCCUGGUGGGCUCUGUGGCGAAUGCACUUGCAAGAGCUGACACCUCAGCCAACAGGCUCCAGAACCACAUCAAGAAGAUCAGCCUCGUCAACAACUGGCUCUCCAAUUGCGGCCUCAAGGAGCCAACAAAACUGAAAAUACAGGAGUACUUUGCGCAGUUGUACAUCGCGAAGCAGUCCGUGGAGUACGGCGAAGCAGAGCUGUUCACGGAUCUGCCACCGUACUUGAGAUUUGAGGUUGCCGGCGACCUAGCUCUACCUCUGGUUCAGAGGGUCCAUGCCUUCCGGAACCUCAAUAAGGACGCCCAGCAGCUCAUCGCCGCCCAUCUGAGACCCUUGAGAGCGGUGGUGGGCCAGGAGUUGUGCCGUCAGGGUGACGAGGCCGACCGGUUGUGGUUGCUCCACUCGGGCCAGCUGGUGGCGUUACGUCACAAGGAGGGCGCCCAGCAUGUGGGGGCACCCGCCCUGGUGGGCGAGUCACUGAUACUGGCCAUCGACAUACCGCAAUGCAGGCAUCGCCCUUGGACGCUCCGCGCCGCGCUGCCGUGUGAGCUGUGGGAGCUGCGGCUCGCGGACCUGUCACGCGUGAUCCAGAUCUACCCUGCCGUACGAUUAACACUGUUGGAACACGUCCGCAAAGAGCUGGACUGGUGCGAGCUGGUCUUUGUACUGCAUGAGGCCCUUUUGGAGCUCAAACAAGCUGACCCCGCCGCGCUGGAUAUCUUGUGCAAAGAGCUGAUCAAGGCGACCAUCGAGGAUGGCAGCUUGCAGGCGCGCAUAUCGGAGAUUGUGGAUGCGGCGAUGGUGCGGGAUGGCCUCAUGCCCGAGGCCAUGCUUGGCCUUCCCCUGCACAUUCAAGAAGCGGCCGCAUAUCACGCAGAGCAACAGCAACAGCAGCAGCAGCAGCGACACACCCAGAGCAGCAACGGUGGGGUCAACGGCGGCCGGCCUGCAUCUGUUGGCCCCUUGACAGCGGUGGCGGCGGCGAUGGGGCCAGACCAGCACCUGUCACGCUCUUCCUCCGCCGCCACCGCUGCCCUGCGGCGCACUAGUGCCCUGCUUGCCCCCCGUCAACAACUCCCCCACUACGCCCACCACCGCUCAUCCCGAGACACGCAUUACGGACCCGCGCCGUGGGGGAUUACCACGGAGGACGCCCUGGCGUCAAGUGGCCGCCCCUGGAGUCCGGCAGCGGCGCCGCCGCCGCCGGUGCCGCCGCCGCCGCCGCAGCUGCCCCACGUGCAGCAGCAACAAUCGCAGCAGCAGACCUCGACGGCGGCCCAGCAAAAGGAAGGCAGCAGGAGCUGGCAUGCUCGCACCUCACCGACACGGCCGCCAUCGCUGGGGUGUCAGAGCCCAGCUGUACUGCCGGCGGCGGCAGAGGCGCUGCCCCCGCCAAGGCCCCAGCAGAUGCCGACGCAGAUGCCACCGACACGUCCCUUCCGCCGGGUGGCAUCUCACCACCAAGGCCUCCAGUCCGCCGCCAGCGGCGGCGGCAGCGGUAGAGGCCGCGCCGGCUGUGGCAUCUUGGGUGCUUUCGGCAGUUACGGCGACCUCGUGGAGGCGUCGACGUCAGGGAGGGUGACGUCGGAAGGCGGCAUCAACCGUCAAAAGACGGCCCCGCCGGCGCUGCCGACGGUGGCGCCGGCGCAUGUGGACGCCUCACCGGGAGAGGGCGGCGACGCCGGCUCGGCUCCCCGCAGGCUGCUGUCACCGCCGACGUCGCCGCUGCUGGAGCCGAUCCGGGACGAUCCCAUCAGCAUAGAGACGGGCGUCCUGCCGCCAACCGGCGAACAAGGUCAACGCGCACAACAGCAGCAGCAGCAGCAGCAGCAGCAAGAAGAAGAAGAAGAAGAAAGGUCACCAAGAGUGCAUCAUCCAGAGUUGCCACCACCGUCCCAAUAUUGCUUAGAGCAGCUUCAGCAGCAGUCACCACGUGAUGCGGGUAAGGCAGGGGAAGGUCAUCGACCAGAAACUGCAGUGGAUGGGCUCGGCGUGGCAGCUGCGGAAACCCAGGCGGCGCCGCCGCGGCCUGUAGCGCGGGCGCCGCCGCCGUUACCAAAGGCGGCAGCGGGUGCGACCACCGCCGCACUGCACCGCGUGUCAAGCUCUACUGUUGCGCCGCCCAAUAUGGCCACGGGAGCCGCCGGCGCGGCAGGGAACCGUCGGUCCAUGCUUAGUCGCAUGUCUUCUCCGUUUGCAACGAUUGCUGCAGCCUCUAAUAUUGGCGCCGCCGGCGGCGGUCCUGGCGCUGCCCCAGCCGCCGCCGCCGCUGUCAGUGGCGGCGGCAACGGCAACGGCGAAAGCCGACAGAGCCCCAACAGCCGGCCGACGAUGGGACCGUCCGUCAGCUGUGAGGUGUGCGGUACGUGCUUCUGCCCCGGCUGCGGAGCUUGGACAAAUCCAACCACGACGGCGGCAGCGGCGACUGGCCGCGGCCGUCACCAGGCGCCAUUACCCUACCCAGCUAUCUUCCAUCACCAGCCACAGGCCCACAACACGACUACGUCAGGUACAGCCUUGUCCACCAUCGGCCCCGGAGCCGGCGGCGGCGGCGGUGUGCCGGCGGCGAUGUCACUGAUGGACGCUGUUCGCGGCAUUACUACCGGCGGCGGCGGCAACGCUGCCGGUGGCGGCGGUGGAGCCGGUGCCGCCGGCGCCGGCGGCGGCGGCAGCAGCAUACGUCGCCGCACCAUCGUGCCAUGGUGGGCUCAGCAACAGCAGCAGCUGCCGUACGGUGCGCCACCAUCACCCGGAGGUGGGGGAGGGGGGGGAGGGCCUGGCAGCCCAACCUACGCGCUGUCGCGCCGUUCCAGAAUGUUCGGACGCAGUUUUGCGGCCACCGCGCGUGCCGAUAGCCUCGCACGCGAGACGCUGUGGAACAUGUCCUCGCAACGAGAUGAAGAUGAUCUGACGUCCCCGUCAGUAGCGACUCUACGUGCGGCAGAGGAUGAGUGA